CGGCCCCUCCUCUUUCCGCCCGCGCCGGCCUGAGGGGACGGACGGGUCCGGGCCGAGGCCUCCGCGCAUCCGCCGCCAUCCCGCCUUCCCCGCCGGGCUCCGCCGCCAUCCGCCGCCGCCAUGACGGAGCAGAUGACCCUGCGCGGGACCCUGAAGGGCCACAACGGCUGGGUGACCCAGAUCGCCACCACGCCGCAGUUCCCGGACAUGAUCCUGUCGGCCUCGCGCGACAAGACCAUCAUCAUGUGGAAGCUGACCCGUGACGAGACCAACUACGGGAUCCCGCAGCGGGCGCUGCGCGGUCACUCGCACUUCGUCAGCGACGUGGUCAUCAGCUCGGACGGGCAGUUCGCGCUCUCGGGCUCCUGGGACGGCACGCUGCGCCUCUGGGACCUCACCACGGGCACGACCACGCGGCGCUGUGGGCACACCAAGGACGUGCUGAGCGUGGCCUUCAGCUCCGACAACCGGCAGAUCGUGUCGGGCUCCCGCGAAACCAUCAAGCUCUGGAACACGCUGGGGGUCUGCAAGUACACCGUGCAGGACGAGAGCCACUCGGAGUGGGUGUCGUGCGUUCGCUUCUCGCCCAACAGCAGCAACCCCAUCAUCGUGUCCUGCGGCUGGGACAAGCUGGUCAAGGUGUGGAACCUGGCCAACUGCAAGCUGAAGACGAACCACAUCGGGCACACGGGCUACCUGAACACGGUGACCGUGUCCCCAGACGGGUCCCUGUGCGCCUCGGGGGGAAAGGAUGGCCAGGCCAUGCUGUGGGACCUGAACGAGGGCAAGCACCUGUACACGCUGGACGGGGGGGACGUGAUCAACGCGCUCUGCUUCAGCCCCAACCGCUACUGGCUGUGUGCAGCCACCGGGCCCAGCAUCAAAAUAUGGGACCUGGAGGGGAAGAUCAUCGUGGACGAGCUGAAGCAGGAGGUGAUCAGCACCAGCAGCAAGGCCGAGCCGCCCCAGUGCACCUCGCUGGCCUGGUCCGCCGACGGGCAGACGCUGUUCGCGGGUUACACCGACAACCUGGUGCGGGUGUGGCAGGUGACCAUCGGCACGCGCUGACCCCAAACUUCGCUUUUUCACCCCAAAACGUUUCCAAUAAAAACGGCAUUUGUGGA